CGCUUUGAAAUUGACUCCACAGCUGGAGUGGUGUGGUAGAACGGACUUUACAAGCUCCCCUUGAACUAAAAUGUACAUAGGAGAAGGGUUUCGUGUCACUUUCAAGUGUCCAUCAGUAACUCAGUUUAUUUGUCGCGAGGGCAACAUCGAACAUCUCCUGGGUGGACUUGAGGAGCGCACGAACAGGAUUAAGGCGAUGACUGUCGAGAAAACUGUUAAAACUCCAUAAGUUCGCCUUGUUUGACUAAAUGCGGAGCUGUAACGGAGUACUGAAGAAUCAAAGGGGAGUUCAGAAUGGCGUUUGAUGGACGUCAGAGCGCAUUUGCAAAUUCACUCUUCCACACUUAUCAACGUCAGGUGGGUGUUAAUGCGGGAGGUGGAAAUGGCAGUACAGUAGCAAUACCCUUCAUUUCCAUCCCCAGUGCGUCACAGCAGGAACAGGACACUGCAUCCUAUGUGCCCUGGUCUUAUUCUACUCAGGAUGAUCCUUAUGAACUCAUUAGAUGUGCCCAGCCCAGCAUUAAAAGCAGGAAACCCCCUGAAAAUGCUGAUUAUGAUGGUGAGAGUGAUCUACAGGGUCUAGUGUCAAAUAUUUUGGAUGAUGCAGAUUCACAGGAUAGCUUCUACAGUGAAGGGACCCUACCUACAUGCAAUCCCAUCUGGUCUCCAAAGACAUUGAGUGAAGAACUGCUACAGUAUUUACAAUCUGAGGCUAAAAUGCAGCACAACCCUCCCUUUACUCCAAACUAUGUAUCUCAGGAAAGUUUCAGUAAAGCACAGCAGCGGUCAGGAGACAAAGACGUUGGCGAGCUAAUGCAACAGUCGAAUGGGCUUGUUUCUAAUCAACAGUGGCUUUUUAAUGGAGAGAGCUACCUCCCCCAUCCCCAAAAGCUGCCACCAGGUCUACCAGUACCAAAUGCUGGAAGCAGCUAUACAUCACAGAUGCAACAGAACAAACAUGUCACCAUGUCGUCUUAUAAUAAAGGAGUCAAUAGUCAGGCUUUUAAUAAUUUUCCUGACAUCAGUGACAUUUUUAGACCUCAAAGUGAAAACAACACACCCUGUUUUGAAUCUUUCUAUGAAGAUAACUACAUCCAGGACAGCAUAAAGCCAAAUGGUAUUGGGCAGUAUGUACCAGAACACAUUAACCAUCUGGUCAGCAGUUUUCAGUCAUUAAUGACACAUGGGAAUGAUGGCAUGUAUUGUGGAGACCUGGGAAACAUGCAUAAGCAGAUAGUGGGUAUGGACCAUGAAGACAACGUGGCCGAACAAUGGAAAAUAACCAGUCCCACAAUGUCAAGACAGAGUUCUCCUGGAAAUCAGAUCCCAAAACAGCUGAUGGGGGAAUUGGGGACAGCGCAAAGAGAAAGAAACAGAGUGAAGAAACAAACAUUCAAAAAGGAUGGCUUUCAAGAUCUACCCAAUUUCUACCCUCGAAGCACAGACUGCGUCCAGCAGCCAAAGCAGUUCCCUGCACUUUUAAACCACCCAAAUCAAUACCCAAAAAAGAUGGUGCAUAGAGAGAACAUAAAUGUAAGUACAAACCAGUAUUCAAAACAUCAGCUGCAGAAUAAGACAAAAUCCCAGGUUCAGAAAGAAAAAAGCAAAAUGCAAGCAAAUGGAUUUCUAAGAGAGGGCUCUGCUAGGAGGCCCCAGUUCAACACUUCCAUGAGAGAGGGGGAAGCACAGCUCCUUUCACAAAACCCAUACUUUCACUUCCAGGAGACUGGGCAGUAUAAGAGAUUUGAUGGUGAAAACAGCAUGGUCAAUGCAGGGAAUGUACAGCAGUUCAUGCCUUUUGUGUAUCCUGCAAAUGACCCCAGGAGGUACUCGGGGAUCCCUGUCAAAUCCAACUUCAGCUCUAGAUCCACACGGCCUUAUGCAAGUAGUGUUCCUGGCAUGGAAGCAGAUGAUGUGAUUCCACUUAAUGAAUCUGCAGCUUUCAACUCCUAUCUCAGUGACAUGAGGACCCACAGAAGGGACAAUACUUAUCAUGGAAUGGCCUCAGCAAUGACAACUUCAGUGUUAAUGAAUCAUGGAGGACCUGUGAUUCAGCUUUACUUCUAUCUGGAUGAGUGUUAUGAACAGUGGAAGUGUUUGGAGAAGGAGAGAAAAAGGACAGAAGUCAUCCUUACAAAAACAUUUCUUGAGAAAAGGACUCCAGCAGUGACCAACAGUAACCUGCCCAAAACUCCACCAAAUCCCACAAGAGUUGACCACCUCAUUGUUAAUCAGAUAAAACAACAAGCAAAGGUGGCAAGUCUUCUGGAGAAAAUGGAGUGUCUAUGUGGUGUUCCCCUUCCAGCAAACAUUCACACAGCCCUGAACAAGAAUCAUAUGGCCAUUUGUGUCACACAGGCAAGAUGUAAGGAGGAGGCUGCGAACAUGACCAAGCACCAGUGGCAGAGACCUAAUUUCACGAAGGACACAGACACCUUGUUGAUGGUCAUGGCUCUAAAGGACCUAGCUGCUACCACUAGGAAGCUCUGCACAGCUCUGUGGUGUGCCCUCCAGAUCACACUGCCAAAACCCAUCAACAUCCAGGAUCAUCAUAUUAUCAAGGAGGACGCAAACAAGGAGAAGUGCCCUUCUUCAUUUGAAGGAUACUCUUUUAGGUUAUAAUUUAGCAAGUCACAAGUAUGAGUUGAAGAUAAAAUUAAAGUCACUCCACAUUGCCCUGCUUUUAAGUGUUCUAUAGCUAGCAGGGUCAAUGAAACAAAGGUUCUUGUAGUGUUACCUAAAUGAAAGCAAAGCCACAUUUUUAUCUGCAACACAAAGAUCACUGCAGAGUAUGAGUUGAGCAAUUUAAAAGUGCGAUGACUUCAUUAUUUGGUUUCAGAGAGCUUCUUUCGUUGUGUAGGAAUUGCAUGAAAUGUAUUUUAUCCUGCUGCAUCUUAACUUAAUUUCAUUCAAUUAGUGUCAGACGCAAUCAACACAAAUCUUGCACCAUCACUGUUGUAUUUAAAGGCACUAUUUAUGUAGAAGAUUUCAGUGAAUCUUCGUUGUUUUACUUAUUUAUUGGAAUGUAAUGGAACCUCAGUUCUGGGUAUUCCCAAGCAAUAAUUGAUUCUCAAGGGCAGUAGCUUAAAAUGAACAUGCUAAUUAUUAAAAUGCUUUCUGAAAUAUUCCAACUGAACAGCUUCAGUUUCUCAUAUUUAACUUUAAAAUUCUACAAUGAGAAAAGUUUUUAUCUGCAAUUUGGUGCCACUAAUGCAAAUUUCUAGUAAAAAAAUAUAGAUUUUAAGUUUUAAUCACACUUCCAGCUAGAAACAUCGUAUUAACAGACAUAUCAGUGGGAUGUUAAACUCUCUGAAUGCACUGAAAUGUUCAGACUUGCUGCAUGUCAGUGUCAAUAGUUUUGGAUAAAUGUUCCAUUUAGUAUUUAACACU